AUGUGGAUUGGACAGGAAACUAGAAAUGUCAGCCAAGACCUGCCGCAUUCGUCGUCAGAGACAUACCAAGUGAAGAAGAAGGAGAAGAAGAACGGGUCCCUUCUUCACCGCCAAGCCAUUGCUAAUUCCACAGCCGCAUAUUUGCAAUUGCAGUUUCAUGGGAUCUCGCUGUCAAUGCACGGAGGUCAUAAUGUUCGUGAAUGUGGCACAAGAUCAGCAGAAACCAACCUAAAAACUACCCGUGCUCAAAGCAGUUUCACAAAAUUCCCCAACGUUCCAAAUUUGCUUCCUCAGGUAUCAACUUGUGGGUGUGGCUGGUGGCUGUCCGGGUAG